AUGGGUUCAAUCAGCUUUUGGAUGUGCUUGGUCAUGACGAUUUGCACCUGGAAUAAAACCAUCGGAUGCACGUGGAUGAGGACACUGCCUCGGUCUCCGAGCAUGUUCCAAGUGUUCAGCAACAACACCAUAACGAUGCUUCAGAAAAUGGGUCAUGAAGUCUCUCGAGAACCUCAGAUCACUUUUCCUGACAAACAAUACAGACAAGUCAAUAAUUUCAAGGCUGACGAACAGAUGGCCUUCAUUUCGCAUACUCUGAACGCUAUAAAGAAAUUGUACAGCAGUGGUAAAUAUGAGUACACCGCCUGGGACCAGAAAGGAGUUGACAAGUUUAUGAAUGACCUCUAUCGCCAGACCUCGGAGCUGGAUCAAUGCGUAAAGGCUAUGAAAACUAGACAAUCAAAAUCUGUCAAAAAAGUGAACAAAAAGAUGAGCCUUCACUUCAAGUUCCUGAAGAAUUACUUGAAACGCGAGGAUUACAGCGCAAGCGGCUGGGAAGACAUAAGGACAGUGGUGCUGUCACACCUACAAAGACUAGACACAACAUUAAGUAGCCAAUGA